CAGCUUUGGAGAUCUACCGGUCCGACGGCACAUGGAUCCCCAGUGAGAAGAGCGAGCACUCCGGCCACGGGGUGUACAAGGUGUGUGAGGUGUGAUGGCGCUGUGCUCCGAGGCCUGUGUCUCUGGCUCAGGAGGAGAAUCCUCCGGGAGUGAGGCGGGUUCUAGCUGUCUUCAGUUUGGGGUUCGUUCCUAUCUGCACCACUUCUACGAGGAGUGCUCGUCCUCCAUGUGGGAGAGAGACCCGGAGGAUCGGGGGUUCGUCCAGAGCCAGAGGUCAGCCCUGUUGUGGAACUCAGCAGUCUGGAAGGUGUCCUUGGCCCUGGGUCUCCUGAUCCUGACCGCAGGCAUCGCCAGCCUGUCAGUCGGUUACUCCACUCCCCAUAAAAUCGAGUCGUUCGGAGAGGGAGACCUGUUCUUCGUGGACACCCAGGCCGUCAGCUUCAACAGGGGGCUGCACCUCAGUGCCGCGGCCGGGAUCGGGCUCUCCUGCCUCGGCUCGGCCCUGGCGGUGAUGGGGGUCGUCGUUUGGAUCCUCCCCGGGGCCAACCUGAAAGAGAGGCUGUUCCACAGUGCGGGGGAAAGGGAACGGAGAGGAGAGUUACAGUCGAAGUGGAGGGGAUUCAGGGAUCCGGGGGACGUGGUCACUAAGCCCCCAGGUAUUGAGGAGGGGAAGAUACCUGUCACACUGUCGAAAGUGGAAAAUGUGCAACCCACUUCUUAAAAAGGCUUUUGUUGUGGUCCAGGGGUCUCAUUUACAAGCUUUAAUUAUUGUUUGUUUUUAAAGAUAAAUGUCUUUUCAGAACGCUAAUGGAGGUUGUUUCGUGACCUGGGCAUUACAGAUAGACAUAAGAUGUAGACAAGGGACUUUAAACACUUAAAAGCACAGCUUGAUUUGAAUAACAUGCAGUUUUUUUUUUGUUUUGUUUUUUUAAAUAAAUCCAAAUUAAAACAUAUAAAUGAGGCCCCAAGAGUUCAACCAAAGACCUUGUGCUUCGUACUACAGAAUAGGGAUAUAGCUGUUGACCAUAGACUGUGUUUGUGCAGUGCACUAGUCAUAUUUUAAAGAUAUAGUGAAUAAUAUCCAACCCGACACUAAAAGAGAGCAGAAUCCUAAUGACUGAUUGUAGAAAAUUAUAUUUUUACUCCUUACUUGAUAGUGUUUGUUGUAUUUUUGCUCUAUAUUUUUAUGUUAUUUUUUAAAUGGUAAUUGUAUCAGCUGUCCACAUAGUUAGACAUAUUGCAUGAAUCACACAGAAAAGCUACAUUUCCAUCCCCAUGCAUACACAUUUAAAGGACAUUCAGAAAGGUGCUCACAUAAAAAGAAUCAUUAACAAUUCUCUAUCUACAUUUUCACAUAUCCACACUAAUGCUCAGCCCGCUGUGCUGAACACAUGUACAGUCACAUGCACUUGCAGUCACCCGCUCACCCAGACACCCACACACACACAAAUUCGUGCUUCAUUGACAAUAUCACCUAUUUUCUCCCCACUGUAAUCUGGCUCUGUAAUUGCCUGCAAUCUGUGUCUCCAGGCAACAGUUGGGCUUCAAGUGCUCUAUUUUCAACUCUGAACAAAGACUCUUUUCUGAUUGGUCCCUCACACCCCCUCUCUUUAUUUUCGCACCAAUCAGAUUUUUUGUUUACAGGCUUACACAGUAGUAGUGAGUAAGUGGUGAAGCACUGAGGUGAGGGGAUUUUGCGGUGGCACCUUCGAGGCCAUCUGUUUGAUUGGGUGCUGCGGUUUUGUUAAAUUAGUCUGAAUAAUAGAGUACACAUUAGAAAAAAAUGUAAAAAAAGAGAAGAACCAUAAUGUCCUGUUUUAACGGCACUGAUUCCCUGUUGUUGUUUCAUUUUUAUAUUGUGUUAUUGGCUAUGAUGAAGAUUAUGGAGUCAAAUGAGGGUCAAGU